AUGGCAUCUUCGUCCCAAUAUGCCGGACCACUGAAGAUCCCCCUCUAUGCCUAUCGAGGCCUUGGUCAGAAGACAGCAUUAUCUCACACAUAUGAAGGAAUCCUUCGACGGGCCCUUGAUCCCCAGGAAAGAUACCGAAGGAGUCAUCUCUUUAUCCAUAACAUUAGGUUCCAUGAUAAAACGCUCACCAGAAGGACUGCAUGA